ACCAAGGUUCCUUGCCAAGUUGCCAGAUUGCUUUAAUAUUUGGAAAUCUCCGGUUCACGCAUACUGCUUGCCCACAAUCCUAGCAAGAUGAUCUCUCUGUGAUCUAAUGGAGUAAUAUAGACAGGACUCAGCAACAACUCAAACCCACCACACAAAGCUCAUCUCUGCACCAGCCCAUGGAAAGCCCACCUCAAGCAGCCGAAAUGAGCUACUACUGUAAUUGAGCUGUGUUGGCUCCGAGUAACAGGUAGCUGUCAGUAUUCCUUUGGAUGCAUUUUUAUUUUCACAUUUAUGGUGUAAUCUGAACUAAAUCACGUGUAGAGGAGAAGUGUUACAAAAUAACAUCUAUGGCAAGAAACGUGUAUGGAGGCAAGUCAACUAGUCAAGUCUUUAAGAAAUUGUAUUUUGAGCACAGCCGACCAAUUUCUUUCCCUAAAUAUGUAUAAUACUCAAGACCAACGUUGAAUUACCCAAUGCUGACAGAGAUAUGCGUGAAGGGGACUAUUUCGGGUACAGUUGACAUUGUGAAAGGCCAGGAUUCUUGGAUUAUAAGGAGUAAUCUUAUGAAGAUUGAUGCUUCCUACAUUCUAUAAACAGGUGUCAGUGUUCAUCAUUCUGGGUCAUCUUCAAAGUUCAAACUAUACUUCUUGUAAAUCAUUGUUUUGCUGUCGUGCAACACUGCAACCUCUCUUCUCCAUCAGAGUCUGCAUUCUCUGAGAAAGAAGAUCAGAAGAUGGCCCUGGGAUAUUGUAGAUGCGGGGACAAUUUCAGUUGUGAUGACUGCAACAGGUCACAUCAACCUGCUAGACUCAGUCAUCUGGGGUUUGACCUUCCUGAUGCAUGGCCUUCUAGCACCUGCUCAUUACCUUCCACUAAACCUCACUGGCGUAGAUUCUUUCCCUGCUUUUCCGUCAAAGAGGGAUUUGAUGGUCCGAUUGCUAAAAUCAUUGAUGGGAAGUCUAUUGCCGCAAUAAUUAAGUCACAAGUAGCCAGUGAUAUUAUGAGGAUGAAGGAUGCUGUUGGGAAACAACCUUGUUUGGUUAUUGUUUUGGUGGGUGAAAGAGAUGAUUCUCACUCUUUUGUCCGCACCAAGAUAAAAGCUUGUAAUGAAGUUGGAAUCUCUUCGUCCGUUGUUGAGUUGCAUGCUGACUGUACAGAAGAUGAAGCCCUUCAUGUUGUGUCAAGUCUAAAUAAAGAUCCAUCAGUUCAUGGUGUCCUUGUGCAACUUCCUCUUCCAGAACAUUUGGAUGAGGAGAAGAUUAUGGAUGUUAUUAAUCCCGAAAAGGAUGUUGAUGGUUUUCAUCCCUUGAAUAUGGGAUGUCUUGCCAUAAAGGGGCGGGAGCCCUUAUUUGUUCCAUGUGCUGCCAAAAGCUGUAUUGAUGUGUUGUUGAGGUCUGGUACUGAAAUCUCUGGAAAGAAUGCGGUUGUGAUAGGGCGAAGCAAAAUUGUUGGAUUGCCUGUUUCAUUAUUGCUGCAGAGGCACCAAGCCACUGUGAGUGUUGUGCAUUCAUUCACCAAGAAUCCACAAGAAAUAACCCGUGAGGCAGAUAUAGUCAUUACAGACGUAGGUGUGCCAAACAUGGUUAGAGGCAAUUGGUUAAAACCAGGCGCUGUUGUUAUAGAUACAGGAACCAAUGCAGUUAAGGAUCCAGACAGGGAACAUGGAUUCCACUUAACGGGUGAUGUAUGUUUUGAAGAAACUGUAAAGGUGGCAUCUAUAAUCACCCCUGUUCCGGGUGGGCUGGGACCUGUAACAAUCUCCAUGCUGCUCUCCAAUACUCUUGAUUCAGCCAAACGUGCUUACAAAUUUGUCUAAUUUCUUAGUUGUAGUGUCUCUUGGAUGUUGAAGGCUAAUCUAUUUGAACUGACCUGCAGCAGCUGAUGUUCUAAUCUCCAUGCAAAUGUGAUUUACUGUAUUAGCUUCUUUGUUUGGGUAGUAAUACCAAAUUAAAAAUUGUAAAAAAAACUAUUUAUGUUUCCUUAGUUGUGUAUACUUAGGAUUUUAGUAUGCAUUGUCUAUAAAUUGUGAAAAUACAAACCACCUCAUUAGGGGCAAUAUCCUUUUUUAGCAUUAAGCUGUGGUUUCUUUCAUUAACCUUGUGGAGUUGUGAUAAUUCAUGGUGUAAUUGUGAUUCAGUACAACUUGUAAAGGUAGAUUCAAAAACGGCCUAAUGGUUAAAGGUGGGUGUGCUACAAUAGAAGUAUGUAUACAAAUCCGAUUCAGGAUUUUGAGCUUCUGAAUUUAUGUAGAUUAUGUAGUGAUCCAAAAAAAAAAAAAAAACAUAGCAUGAUUCAAUAAUUCUUCUGAAAAGAUUAGCCAAAUGAUAGUUUUCAGCUCUUCAAAUUACAAGGUUAUAAAGGUUAUAAAGGGCGCAAACUAGUACACUAAGCACUACUGCAAUAUCAUUCAAUUUUUGAGGGAAUGACACCAUGCUAGCUAGCUUGUAGCUGCCUUUUAUUUCCUGUUCUUAUUGAAGUCCUCUUCUUGUUUUUAUUUUUACUCUUCAGCAACUAAUUACACCCUGUUUUGGCUAAGCUGAAAAAUGCAGCUCAUGGGGUUGAUUGACUUUUUUAGGGUAAAAAUCAUUAUAUUAGUUUUGCUCUAAAACCAGUGCUUCGAUAGUUAAACCCCAAGUAGCUAACGUAACUAACAUUUAAGCGUAAGUGUAUAUAUGGUAGCUAACAAAUGCUAUAACAACUACUUCUGUCUUAUGUUUGGUUUAAUACUAGUUUUAGAUAUUGUACUUGCAUGAUGAGCCUGAUUAAAAAAGUUCAGUUGCUUGCCUGAUAUAGAACUUAUAGGAAAUUUCUCACCAUUUUGACAUUGUAUUUUAUAUUGUUACUGUAUCUAUCUGUAUCUAUCAAUUAAUGUGGAAGUUGCUGUCUGUAGACUAAAAUUAAACACUAGAUCAUAGCAAUCCUUUUACAUUGAGUUUCUUAUGUUUGAGUUUAUUAUUUGUUGUUUUCUUGGUUGUCAAUAAAAAAAAAAAGUUUUGGAUUUGUUGAAUCAGAAGCAUAUUGUAGUAAACAUUAGGUGAAUCUUGAGUUUUCAUGACUGAGAAGUCAUAUAAAUGCCAUAUUAGACUUCGAGACACAUGGUAUGAUGGAAAACUGUUAAGCCAUGAUUCUGUUGACUAACUGAACAAUGUGUUGUAAUAAGUGCUAGGAUGGAGUGACUGAUUAAUUAGGUUUUAAUAUGUGGAAUUAUGAAAUGAGAGUAUGAGAGUACUCAUUUCCCACCCGGUGUUCUGCUGGCUAAUUAUUUGUUAUCACCUCUUAGACACAAGAUAAUGUUCUUCACAUUUGUUGCUCGAAUGAAAGCCUUACUCUUGAAUGAUGGACAUUAGAUAAUGAUCAUAAUAGUGGACUAAAAUAAAGAAAUGAAGUAGACAAAUGUUGAAGACAUGGAGCCUUAAAGACUAAACCUGUUGCUGGGACAAAGUAGUACAUAAGCUCUUUUUCUUUUUUUUUGGUUCACUUUUUCAAAGUGAUGAUUCCUUUUUUUUUGUUACCAAGGUCAUUAUAUUGGUGAUGUGGUUGAUUCAUCAAGUGAGUCAAGUCUUGUGCUGCAGGUUGUGUUUACUCAUAUCUGUCAAGUAGAAAGUGAAAUCCCUUUGAAAGCAGAGACUCCCUUGUUCUGAGCUCUCUCUGGAGAUAAUCCAAUUGAUUGCUGUUGAUUGUUUGAGUAGCAUGUAUAUAUGGUUUUGGUAAGAAUGACUGUAUUAAAAUCCCAUGAUAAAUAUCAGCCUAACCUAAGUGUUGGUUUGUCUGAGCCAAGGCUAGCUGGUAUUCUGAUGUGGGCCUUGUGAAAAUGUCAAAGACUUGUAAGUGCGUUCUUUUGGUGUCUACAUCCAGACUCCAGAGCCAACCUUACUUUGAUUAACAUAUUACAACCUUGAGACUGCACAUGAAAAUUUUAACUAUAAUGAGUUGUGGCUGAUGUCGUAAGGCUAUUGUGGCAGUGGGUUUAGUCUCAUUUUGAGAGUCUGUAUAUGAUACUUUUGCACCUGAUAGAUCUAGAAUGAUUCUGCUUAUGUUUCUUACACAUAGUUUCUCACAUUUGUUUUUCUUUUGUGGUGUGGGGCAAAGGUUUAGUUGUGAACAUAAUGCAAUAUUUGGGAGCUUUGAUCGACAGAUUUUAAUGAAACAGUGCUUGUUCUAGUAAUUGGUGAUUGUGCUAGAAGUUUUUGUUCAGGUUCGUAAAUUCUCAUUAUGUGCUCUGCAACAAGUAUUCUGGUUAUACACCUGAAUUGUUGUAUCAGGUCAAGUUUCUGAUGUUUACCAUAAUACGUGUAUAAAAUUGUAAUUGCUGUAUAGAACUACAUAGCCUUACAAAAAGCAGCACUAUAGCUUCUGAUCUUAAUUUUUAGUGUGCUUAUGAGAUUCAUGGUUUUUAUAUGCAUUUUCUAGCAAGGACCAAAAUCUAGCAUAUGUGGCUGCUGCUCUUAAAGACAGCAAAAAAAAAAAAUUGCAUUGAGCACAGCUCAAAAAUUUGUUUCUGUAUGAACAGGCGAAAAGCCAAGUCUAGGAUGAGAUGGUCACACACUAACAUAUUGUGAGAGAGGCUGACUCUAACUAUAUUAUGGUAUAUUGUGAAGUAGCUUCACCCAAGACAUGCUCAUAGGGGAAUUGCCCUGCUUAAACAAAGUAGCAUAGUUGAUCUUGUAACUUGUUUGCUAGAGGAGAAGGGGCAGAUCUGUUAUAUAUCUCUAUCUUUCUUUCUUUUUAUUUUUCUGAUGGAGCUUAAGAUUAGCUAAUUAUGUAUUUGGAUUUUUCAAAAUGAAAGAUAUUUUAUUGCCACAUCAAACCAAUAAUUUAUGACAAUUUUACUAAUAAUGGAUAAAAGCAUUUCAAAAUUCUCUUAUAUUUGGGACUUGUAUACAGAAUUUUCAAUCUCAAAUUGCAAAGAAGCAUGCUUCAUGCUGUUUUAUGACAGUUACGUUGUAUCAGAAGAUUGAGUUAGAAUAAUUCUAUGUUUUGACUUUGAUUAUUUUAAAAGCAACAUCACUUGAUAUUAUAUUCUUGUAAUUGAGUUUAUCAACCUGGAUAUUACUUUUGUGGGAUACUUAACUUAUUUAAUUCAUAAUAAUUGUGCAGCUCUGGUGCAAAAGAUUCUGGUUGUGUUAGAGUUAAAUCUAGAGGUUUCUAGAUUUGUAAAGAACAUAUAAAACUUGUAGCUAGAGUCAAUUGCUUCAGUUUAUAAGUUUAAUUUUUUAAAAUGCUUUUCACAAGUCAUUUACACAUCUAAAUAUUCAAUUACAGAUAUGGUAAGAAAUGUGUACAACAGAUUUUUUCUGUUAGAAUAUUUAUAGCUCUGCCGACCAUUUCUUCCCCUACGUUUGUAAAAUAUUCUAAGACUUACUCUUCAUUACUUGUGCAACAUUGAUGUGUGAAAGGUAACAUCUUGGGGUCAGUUGACAUUUUGAAAGGCCAGGAUUCUUAGACGUGUAUGAUUGAAACUAUCCUAUGUUGCCUCCUAUUUUCUAUAUAUAGUUGUCAAUAUUAAUCAUUCUGAAUCACCAACAAACUGCAUUGCUCUUAAAUCAAUCUUUUGCAACAUCUCUUCCCAAUUGUAACCAGCAAUCUCCAAGAAAGAAAAUGGCCCGAAACUGUGGAUGUGGUGACAACUGCAGCUGUGACGACUGCAACUGCAACAGGAUGUACGGAAGGACUGAGUGUGGCUGUGGAGACGACUGCAGCUGUGACCCAUGCAACUGCGAUUAAACUUGCCUGCCAUCCUGUGUUAUGGAUAUGUGUGAUUUGCUUACUUGUCAAAAAUGAUUGUGCUGUGAACUGAAUAAAUGGGCCAUGGCAUAACCAGAUCCAGUGUAUAACUAAAUCUGUUGAUGUUUCAUGGUCCAUGGAUUUCUUACUGUGUGUAAUACUGAUUGCUGAAUUAAAAGAAUCUAAUUUGAAUUUGUAUUUUGCCUAUUCUGUUUCAUAAACUAUUGGCAUAUAUUUAUAAACUUCUACUGUUUGUGUGA